AAAUGGAGAGCAUAGACAGCUUUGAAGGAAAACUAUUUUACAAAAUAUACACACUUUGUUAGAAAAAAUAGAUAAAUGAAGAAUAAAAAGGAAAAUUAAAAGGUAUUUUUAAAAUUUUACCAAUAACUAGAUCUUGCAAUCUUAAGAGAUGAAAGAAUUGAGAUUGCAAUGAAUUAAUAUCUUGAAGAUAGAGAUGAGUUCCGACUUUUAGAAAAUUUUCAUAAUUACUCUGGCGAAGAAUAUUCUCCUUAAAGUUUUAAUAAUUUUUCAGACGACAUAUCGAUUGGAAGUCAUAGUAAAUUUAAGGGCAAAAGACCUGCUAAAAUGUAAUUACCCAAAAAGACAUUCACUAUCAAUUUAAGAAAGUAUGAUGUUAAAGUUAUAUUAAAGAGAUACAGAUGUUACUAUCAGCGCUAAAGGUUUUCAUUUAUUCACUGCCAGAUCAAGUGAUAACAGAAAUCUAAUUGGUUUAAAUGAAAGACUUACUUAAUAGAACUGGAGUGAAUGUGAAUGAAUAUAAUUUUAAUAUGCU